AUGUUACAGGGUGUCCAAGAAGCCAUGUGGAGUUUUGCCAAUUUGAGAGAGAUGAAUGAUAUCAAGUUAAUGAAACCUGUUAAAAAUGUGCUGGUCAUAAUAGCCGAUGAUGCUGGGUUUGAAACACAAGUCUACAACAAUACAGUAUGUAGGACAGAGAACCUGAAUAAACUUGCUGAGAGAAGCACUGUCUUCACCAAUGCAUUUACAUCAGUUAGUAGCUGUUCACCCAGCAGGUCUGUUAUUAUGAGUGGUCUGCCCAUACAUCAGAAUGGAAUGUAUGGUCUACAUCAUGAUGUUCACCAUUUCAACUCAUUUGAUGGAGUCCGCAGUCUACCAAUGAUUCUACAGCAGAAUGGCAUAAGGACAGGUAUAAUUGGAAAAAAGCAUGUUGGUCCAGAAGCUGUCUAUCCAUUUGACUUCGCACAUACAGAGGAGAAUAAUAAAAUACUUCAAGUUGGGAGAAACAUCACUCUUAUAAAGCACUUGGUCAGAGAAUUUCUGAAUCAUAAUAAAUCUAGCCCUUUCUUCCUAUACAUUGGUUUUCACGACCCCCACAGAUGCGGCCAUACACAGCCACAGUAUGGCACCUUCUGUGAAAAGUUUGGAAAUGGUGACCCAGGUAUGGGGAAAAUUGAUGAUUGGACCCCAAGGUAUUAUAAACCAGAGGAGGUAGUGGUCCCAUACUUCAUCCAGGACACCCCUGCUGCAAGAGAGGACAUUGCAGCCCAGUAUGCAACAAUAAGUAGAUUGGAUCAAGGAGUGGGUCUGAUACUGGAUGAGUUAGCUGCAGCAGGACAUGACAAGGACACUCUUGUAAUGUACACAUCAGAUAAUGGGAUUCCAUUCCCCACAGGACGUACCAACUUUUAUGAUCCUGGUAUCAGAGAGCCAUUCUUCAUCUCAUCUCCUCAACAUCCAGAGUCUUGGGGAAAGGUAAAUGAUGGCCUGGUGAGCCAUGUAGACAUUGUCCCCACAAUACUGGACUGGUAUGGUCUAUCAUACCCUCACUACAAGAUCCUAAAGGGUCAUACCCACCCUGAGGUCAAGUUGACCGGCAAUUCUCUCCUGUCACUGAUCAAAGACCACAGUGCCAGCGCUGAUGCAGUUUUUACGAGUCACAAUCUUCAUGAGGUCACAAUGUAUUACCCAAUGAGGGCAGUUCGCACAAAACAGUAUAAGCUUAUUCAUAAUCUGAACUAUAAAAUGCCAUUUCCUAUAGACCAGGAUUUUUAUCUUGCACCGUCAUUCCAAGAUAUUUUGAAUCAUACAAAACAAGGUAAACCUACUCAGUGGUUCAAGACCCUGAAAGAGUAUUACUACAGGGAACAAUGGGAGCUUUAUGAUUUAAUUGCUGAUCCAAAAGAAACCAAAAACCUGGCAUAUAUCAGAGAUUAUCAACCAAUAUAUAAAGAGCUUAGUGAAAGGCUGAAUAGAUGGCAGAAUGCAACUGAUGAUGCCUGGAUAUGUGCGCCAUCUAGUGUGCUGGAAAAUGCUGGUUAUUAUAAGACUAAUCCAAUAUGUAUGGGAAUGGAUAAUGAUCUAUUCUGAGUUUCAGUACAGUUACAACAUUGCAGUGCAA